GUUCUGUGUGGCUCGCUGAUUUGCCUUAUUCGCCGCAGAUAUUUAACAUCCUGUUCCGUUUGAUCUGGCAUUCAGUUGUUGCAUACUCGUCAGCGUGUUCACAUUAGUGCUGUCAGAAAAGAGGGCGGACACAAAAUUUUAAAUAAAAUCAAAUGUGGCAAAAGAAAAAGCAACAUUGUUAAAAAGUCAGUCAAACGGUUCUGAGUUUCGAAAUUUUUGAAUUUGAUUUUUGCUUUAAAGUGCGAUAAAAAGACAAAUUUAAUCAAAUUACUGUAGUUUUGUGUAUGUGCAAAUUAAAAAGUGUGCACAAUAAAAUUUUCAAAAAAUUCUUGAAAACUGUCGCGGUUUAUUCUCAGCUUUCUCCACUCUUCCCAUCAAAAUUUGGAUCAAGAUCCAUUUGUGUUACGCAAAACUUUAAAUGGCCGUGCAAAAACUGAAAUGUCUCACUGGGCGUUGUUGUAAGUUGUUGCUUUUGUUUCUAGUUUGCAACGCCAUUGCAGCAACAAAUGGUACCGGAAGCGAGGCGUCGAUGCAUGAGAGUCAUAAUUACCCGACGACCAUAAACGAGCGGUCGAGACGUGAUGUUUCAGCGUCGGUCGACAGCACUACCACGCUCCAACCGUUGACCUACAACAAUGGUAACCUCAAUGCGGCUGAUAAUAAGGACAAACAUAAUUUGCCAUUUAAUUUUGUUGGCAAUCCACUGCGUACCUUAAACAUUGUGAAGCGCACGCCAAGCGGCUUUAUUGGGAUGCGCGGGAAAAAGGAAUACGAAUACACCGAUUACAGUAAUGCCAACAAUCUGGCAUUGGAUGAUGAUCGUACAGCCAAUUGGGACAUAGAUCCCAUGCAACGAGUUGCCUACGAAAAUGAGCUAAAUGACGUCUACGGUCACUUGUUAGCUUUGGAAUCACGGUUCAAGAAAGCACCCAGUACAUUCUAUGGCGUUCGAGGUAAAAAGUACAGUGACAACGAUGUAAAUCGUGUUAAUUCGUUAAUACGGCGUUUAGAAGAGGACCGUUUGCGUGAWGAGUUGACGCAGAAUUUCCUCAGAGAAUUAGUAAAUCGGCAAACAACACCACAGAAUGAUGUCACAAAGCGUGCACCAACUGGUUUCACAGGAAUGCGCGGUAAGCGACCAUCGAUGAUGGACUAUUUGUAUUACGACGAAGAUGGCAUGUUGACAGCGCCUUUCGUGGAGGAGAAGCGCGGUCCAGUCAAUGCAUUUAUGGGUGUACGUGGCAAGAAGGAUGCGGAUCAUCAGACGUUCAAGAGAUCUCCAUUAGAGUCUGGCAACCGGCGCAGCAAGUCUCAACGUUUUGUUGAUUUCAACAACAAAUUCGUGGCGGUGCGAGGCAAGAAGGGCGAUGACAAUAUGCCGCUACUGGCGCUGCACAGCAUGCGCGGCAAACGAGCUGUAGCCAAGCCAGCGGAAACGGAACACCCGACAUACAAAUUAGCAGUCGAUGACCUACACGCGCUCAAGAACUAAACUCGUAUCACCUGGUUUUGGGACAUACAUCAUACAGCGAGCUACAUACUAACGGAAAGCACGAUAUAAAAAAAUUAAAUAAAAGUUCCUCUCGUCGUCAACAUUUAAAUUUGCAAACAACUCAAAAAUACAUACAUACAAAAACACUAUUUACUAACACAUAUAAGAGGCUAAAUUUUCAACUGCGAGUACCUUGCAUACACACUAACAUUUGAUUCUCAAGUUCAAUGGGGUUAUUCACUGUGUGGCUCUUGGUGCGAUUGUAGAUUAUUUACAAAAACAAAAUAAAUAUUAUUAUAAGAAAUAUUGCUUUGUGUUUCUGACUGAAACGCCCUUAUUUAUUGUUUGUUAACACGUAUUUUCUUCUUCAAUUAUUAGCCUUUUAAGGGGAAUGGCUUGAACAAUCAUGGGCUGGAAUUGUUCAAGCGCAAAAACCUCAAGCGCGCUAUGAUUGAAGCUUUUAUAUUGCUUUUCCCCACAAAUAAAUGCUUUGUCUCCAACAAAAGACUAGAAGACUACCUAAUAAAAGAAUAAUAUUUAAAAAAAUUCAAAAUAAAUAUACAAAUUAAUAUAAGUAAGUAAAUAUGUGAAUUAUACAUAUUUUAAAUUAUAUUCAGUCUAGUAGUAAAUCAAUAAACCAUAA